AUGCUCUUGAAUAGACUAAAAGAGAGAUGGGCAGCGAGGAAAGCCAACAACAAAGCAAUUGAUCCAGUAAAACGCGCCAAAGUCUUGCGCAUCACACAGAAAUCUGUACCCAUCUUGAGCAUACUCUUGUUUGUCAUUGGUAUUGCUUGGCUGCUGAUAUUACCUUAUGAUGGAUACAAUAAACGAACCUACAUUUCUGAAAACGCACUAUUACCUGGACAGGCUAAUUUAGAUUAUGGAUUCAACGACAUUCGCACUGCAGAAGACUACCGCGAUAAACUGAUGGAUAUCCAAGAUAAGGAUAGUGAAACGAGAGCCAAGUUCAUCCAUCAAGAAUUCAGACGUACAGGAUUUGUGUCCACGAUUCAACAGUUUGAGGUCAAGGGGAGAGAGCCAAAGAAGGGCGUGAAUGCAUUUGCUAUUAAUAGAGCUCCUCGCAGCGAUGGUAAAGAGGCACUUGUUCUGAGUGCAUCAUGGAAAUCAAGAACCGGAGAAUACAAUACCAACGGCAUUGCAUCCUUAUUGUCAUUAGCCAAGCUGUUCAAGAGAAACGUCUACUGGGCCAAGGAUGUGAUUUUGCUAGUGACAGAUGAGGGUACAUGGGGCACGCAAGCUUGGCUGGACGCUUAUCAUGGCACGACAGACGAAUCUGCCUCUGUCGUGAUGCCCAGAUCAGGUGCAGUGCAGGGCGUUGUCAAUUUAGAUUUCCCAGGCACCCAAGACUAUGAAACAAUGGGCAUCUUUUUUGAGGGCGUGAACGGACAACUGCCAAAUCUAGAUUUAAUCAACACCAUCGUAGCAGUGGCCACAAGAACCCACCCACCUAUUCGAAUCACGCUGCAUGAUACAGUCAAGCAUCCGUUUGAGCAUCAUGCGUAUGGUAACUAUGUCGGAUCGUUGAAUCACAUGCUGCAGAGCAUGAAGUAUUUGGUGCUGGGACAUCCAUCCAGCGACUCUGGACUCUACCUUCGCUACACCAUCGAUGCAGUGACCAUUCAUGGCAUUGUGGGCAGUGAGCAUCUGGGCCAGUUGUAUGGAUUCAACCGCAUAGGCAGACUGGUGGAAUCCACCUUCCGUAGUCUAAACAACCUGUUGGAGCACUUUCAUCAGUCCUUCUUCUUUUACCUGCUGCCUCAACCUGCUCGCUAUGUUUCCAUCAGUCAAUACAUGCCGCCUGUCAUUUUGUUUGCAUGUGCCUUGAUCUUCCAAUCGCUGGCUCUCUACUAUUUGGGCACGAAGCCAAUUGAACCAGAAAAAACGGAUGUUUCCACAGCGUAUUCCGUGGGCAAGAGACACACCUUGUUUGCAUUCACUGUGCUGAUUAUUUCGCAUGUGGCAGGCAUUGUGAUAUUCAACCUGAUGCAGCCUUCGUUUGGAUGGAAGUAUCUCGGCCAAUUCACAGAAACCGAGGCGAUCACUAUACAAUACACUACUUCAUCCGUUAUCGCUCUGUCCACAGUCGUAUUAUGCGUCAUUUGGAUCAGCACACAACCGGCUGUGGAGCACGAUGGCACUAUCCUUAAAUCACUCUGUCUUGCAGCAAGUGCAUUGGUGAUCGCAACCGUCUCACUCCUGAAUUUCACAUUAGGCAUUGCAACAGCCAUCUUGACUGUGAUACCCUAUAGCUUCAUUCGCCCCUCGUCGCAUGCUAUUGGGAAAUGUGUGCAAUCUGUCGUCUUGCUAGGCUUGAGUCCUAUGGGGUUGUUGUAUGUAUUCAGUUUGACGAGUGGACUGCCCCAAGUGGACAUCCUAUCCACACUCAUGCUGGAUUACCAAAUUGUAAGAUCCUGGUUUCUGACGUUUUGCUGCACCGUGUACUGGCCCAUGAACAUGGCCAUGCUUAUAUUGGUGUUCACACAGUCAUCCUCUUAG